GUUCCAUCCCCUCCACCUCCACCACCACCACCACGCGGGGUGGUUUGAUGAAAUCUUCAGCAGACUUUGGCGCUGAUUUCUGCAGGUCUGUGAUGUCAGGCCCUCCGCGACGAAUGGGACCCUCCCCCCUUCAAGGGAAGCAAGGGAAGGGGGAACCGCCAAACUUUGCAGUCGCUGUACUUCGGUGUUGAGGUAGUCCCUCAUAAGCAAGGGCCCCGUCAGCUUUACGAGCUCUCUGUAUCUUGACCUUUCUCCCUGUUGAGAACAAAACUGCAAAGCCAAAGCUCACCAGCCCUGCCUGCCACUCUUAUCGACCUGACGCUUUUCUCGUAUCGUUGCAACCCACACUAGUCCCCGUUCGUAUAUAAAUAUCCCACGAUGAGGCUGAUCAUCCGCGACAACGCCGACUCUGCCAGCGAGUACGUCGCCAGCUACGUCGUUGACCGGAUCAAGCACUUCAACCCUACCCCGGCUCACCCGUUCGUCCUAGGCCUGCCGACGGGAAGCAGCCCCCUGGGGGUGUAUAAGAUCCUUGUUCAGAAAUACAAGGCUGGUGAGAUAUCCUUUGAAAAUGUCAUCACCUUCAACAUGGACGAGUACGUCGGCAUCCCCCGGGAUCACCCAGAAAGUUACCACUCCUUCAUGUGGAAGCACCUCUUCUCCCACGUGAACAUCCACCCCAACAACGUCAACAUCCUUAAUGGCAACGCCCCCAACCUCGAGGCCGAGUGCGUCGCCUACGAGGCCAGGAUCAAGGCCGUCGGCGGCAUCGACCUGUUCCUCGCCGGCAUCGGCGAGGACGGCCACAUCGCCUUCAACGAGCCUGGCUCCAGCCUCGCCUCGCGGACGCGCGUCAAGACGCUCGCCUACGACACCAUCCUCGCCAACUCGCGCUUCUUCGGCAACGAUGUCGAAAAGGUUCCCAAGCUCGCCCUUACGGUUGGCGUGCAGACUGUCCUCGAGGCAAGGGAGGUUGUCGCUAUCAUCCUCGGCGCCAAGAAGGCGCUCGCGCUGCAGAGAUGCAUCGAGCAGGGUGUGAACCAUAUGUGGACGCUCUCCAGCUUGCAGCUGCACCCCCACCCCAUGAUUGUCGUCGACGAGGACGCGACGCUGGAGCUGCAGGUCAAGACAGUCAAGUACUUCAAGAGCAUCGAAAAGGUCGCCAAGGAACAAGGCUUCGAACAGAUCCUCCCCUCGAAGAUCCGCACCGGCCCAGGCCCAGUGCCGGUAACGGUCAUUGACGAGGUCGAGACUCCGACAAUCCUACACCCGCAGCCCACUACCUCCCGCCUGCUGCGCGCCUCACCGGCAACGGAGUACCCUAUCCGCUCCACGUCGCCUGACAUUGAGCUCGUUUUCGAGAACAUGGCCUCGCGCACCAAGUCGCCGACGGAGCAGCAGCUCCGCGCCAUCACGCCAGACCUCGUCACCGACAGAAUGGCCACGCGGAUCCCCGAUCCCGCGCUUGCGGGCCGUCUGACGCCGAAUCCCGAACAGCAGCAGUCCAGGUCGGUGACCCCCGACUUGGUCCCUGACCGCAUGGCCUCGAGGAUUCCGGAGCCGUCGCUCGCGCGGCGGUUGACGCCGAACCCGGAGCAGCAGAUGAUGUCACGAGUGAAUGCCGUCGGCGCUUGAUCGAAAGCAGGCGGGAAAAGAAGAAGGGAAGUUGGAAUUCGGGAGUUGGAAGCAUCUUGGUGCUGUUGGAAAUUCUCUUCAGCUCGAGUGGCAAAUCUUUUUUUUUUUUUUGUCUUUUUUCUUUUUCUUUUGGGAAUGUUUCCGAAAAUCUGCACUUUGGGCCGGUAUCAGAAUGUAGCAUGCUUAGUAGACCACAGCCGGAAUAAAGGGGCGCAUGAGAUUUGUACUUGUCAAGCGUGGCAUUGUUUAAAUAAGGGUGGUGUGGCGUCCAUCGAGAAUGUCAUGAGGACGGGCAGCAUUGAAAGGAAUAGAAGGAGAAAAACAUCCCAUUUAAAC